UGAAGACAGAAACACGCUUCGGUCCGGGACUGCGUCCUUCAUUUAUGAUCGCUGAGAAUGAGAGCAGGCUCCUGCCGGAGUCCGAGGGGUGAUGGAGGCUGUAAAGAGCGCUGGUGAUGGAGGAGUGGAGUUUGUGGAGUUUGUGGAGCUCGUACUGAUCGGAGGGUCUCCGUGGGGCUUCACUCUCAGAGGAGGUCUGGAGUAUCACGAGCCGCUGCUCAUCACCAAGGUGGAGGACGGCAGUCGAGCGGCGCUGGGUCGACUCCAGAUCGGUGACGAGAUAGUCAGCGUCAACUCGGUUCUUCUCAGUGGUUACAGGCUGGAGGCAGUUUGUCUGGUGAAAAGCUCACAUAAGACGCUCGCUCUAGGAAUAAAACGGAAAAACCGCUUCAAAGGGAGGAAUGAAUCAUCAUGUAGACCCCAUUCGUGGCACUCCGCUAAAUCCACAGAUAACCCCGCCAUCGACAGCCCCAAAUCUGAGCCUAACCCUGCACCUGAUCCCACCUGGCAGACAAAAUACGAUGCAGGGUCAACCUCAAAAGACUACACCAGCUGUUGGGGACAGACCAAUCUGCGACAAGUUUCCUGCCAUUUCAGCUCUGUGGGAAACAUGGAAAGUGUAGAACCCUCAUCUCACGCUUUCUCAAAAGAACAGCCUUUAUUGAGCAAACCCAGUGGAGCAGCAGAUCACCCAUUGCUUGAGAGUGCCAUCAGCAAACCUACUUCUGCAAGUAACCCGUUUUUAUCAGACACAGCUGACCAUAGUGCACCUCGGGCUGUCACCGGUACAGAAGGGAUGUUUUAUAGAGGCAUUCCCAGUGAUCUAGGAGUUCCCAAUGACUGCCAUAGAUACAUACAGAUCCCAAUUGGCAAUGGUGGACAAGUGAGUCCCAGCGUGGAGGAGCAAGCUAGCUCCAAAUUCUCCUCCAAUGGGAGAUCCAACCAUAGACCUGUGUGGCAUAUUCCUGAGAACAAGAUUUCCACUACUCAAGCUCCUUCUCCACCCUUGCGUAGUGAUAGUUUCACUGCCACCAGAGUUCAUGAAAAGAGCUUGGUGGGAUCGUUCCCUGAAGGACUUUCUGCUUAUCCGGCACAGAAACCUCACUGCAGAGCUGUGGACCGACAGUUGGACGGGCAUGAAGCGGGGCAUGAAACGAGACAUGUCUACAAUCUACCGCCAAAGAAGGAACUUCUUCAGCCGUAUCUUCCGGUUGAGGACUACUCCAACCAGUUAAACCCUACCAAACUCUUUUCCAAGUCUACAACUGAUGUUAGACAAGGCCAGAACCCGUUUACACAUGAACUUCAGCAUCAGAGACAGCACAGCGAUGAUAGUACCUUUUCUGUGUACCCAAACUCUGCAUGUUCACCAAAGACCCAAAGUGUUGGGAGCUACUACCGAAGUCUUCAAGAUUUGCCCACCAACACUGGCAGUCGAAACCAAACCAGAACCUCUAUGGCCUUUGACCCUAAUCAUGAGGGCCAGGCUCAUUUCCGUUACUACUGCAUCACUGCUCAGCAGCCAUCCUUGGAAUCACCUCUUCAUGGUUGGAUGGGUGAUGAACGGAGGUCUGAAAUCGGAAUCACCCAAGGUGCCACAAACAGAAGCUUUGUUGCUUCUCAAAAGGUUGUGAAGACAAAGUAUUCCCAGCUGUACCUCAGUGUACCUGAGAACAAGUGCUCUAAUGGUUACAGCAAACAAUCCAUCAGUCCUCCUUCAUCUCAAACCACAUCCCCUGUACCAAAUCAUCUGAUUUCAAUGUCCAGCUCUGGGGAAAGAGAGACUCCUAAGAAGAAAGAUGGAGUGAAGCAGAACCCUUCCAGACAUGUUCUAAAUCUCCAGACAGAGCGAAAGAACUCUGUAUCGACUUACCACCAGGACAAUCCAUGGAUCAGCAAACAAGAUCAAAAGAUCUGUCCACACAAGACACCCAUGUUGCACUCUUUGGCCCAGGAGAGCAAAAAGAUGGCAGAAAAAUCAGUAACAGCUGUAGGAGGAUGUCAAGAAUCAACUGAUGCCAUCGGUGGCAAACUGGCAAGACGAAGUGACCGCUAUGCCACAACUCUACGCAAUGAGAUUCAACAGAAGAGGGCCCAGCUUCAGAAAAGCAGAAGUGCUGCUACCUUGACCUGCUCAAGUGAAGUUGAGGAGGACUCUGACAUCUGGAAGUCCAAUGAGACCUCCACAUCAUCUUCUGAUGGUUCCUUCACCAAUACUUACAAGGAUCACCUGAAGGAAGCCCAAGCCAAAGUUCUGAAGGCCACAUCGUUUAUGAGGAGGGACCUGGAGCUUCCUGGGAAUGAAGUUGCACCGGGUCAACUUCCCAAAAAACCUGGGCCUGUUCAAGGGCAAGUCACCCGCAUUGGGGGGCGUAAAAGGUUUCCCAUGGAUAAAAAGAUACACUCCUUCUCUGAACCAGACAAGAUCAAUCAAGUAGGAGUUGAAGAUAAGGCAGCUGGUUCCUUUGUGGACCGAUAUAAGUUCUUUGAAGGUUCCUGCAAGCCAGUUCUCGAAAAGCCCAUUCCAAAGCAAAACCUGCUAAGCCCUACUGAAGAUCACAGUGAGAGAAAGACUAGAUUAACUGGAGACAGUGGAAGCAUCAGUCAGUCUCCCUUAAAACAGAGUAAAUCGAGUCAUGCUGACCUUAAUACAGAAGAGCAGCAAAGGCUUGGUACAUUUGCGGAAUAUGAAGCUACAUGGAACAUGCAGAAGAAGCCAGUGGAAAGAAGAACAACAGGCAGAUAUCAUUCAGCUGAAAACAUCCUGGACUCAGGCUUGGAGGAAUCCAACAGCACAGUGUGUGUUCAUGAAAGAUCCCGUUCCUCUCCUUCUGCCGAUUUCUACGGACAGAAAAUCCCUCUGCCACCCAGAAAGUCUCCUGUUGAAUCUCCCCCUGAACUCAAGGACCAACAGGAGACCUGUAUCACUAGUGAGGAUGGUCCACUCAACAUCUCCGAACCUCUAAAGUCCAUCACACUGAACGUUCUGGAAAGUGAUGUGGCGUCUCUUUCCUCCAACCAGCAACCGAGACUUGAUGCCAGGCAUUCUCCACCAUUCUCACAUCAUCUCCAGGUUCCAAUUUCAGAGCAGCUCUUCCGUAAAAACAAAAGUCCUGAUCCACAGAGAUCUGCUCAACCCAAACAGCUGGAGACUACAUGCCCUUUCAGAGCCUCCCAGGACAUUAGGGUUCAGACCAAUUCCCCUAAGCCAAUUCAAGGACCAUGUCUUUCAGAGCAUCUGGACAGACACAAAAGCCCAACCGCUACACCAGAGGACAGUCAGAGAUCAGACACAGAGGGAAUGUUAUCACACACUCUACGUCUUUUAGGUCAUUCCUCCAUUUCUCCUAAGCAGAACGUUGACCUGACGGUAACCUCAGCCAACAGAACACGUUCUCCUUCUCCUCAAUUCUCUCCUCAGAAGCUCACAGAUGAACCACCUGCAACUUUGCAGAAAAAGGAUCCAUCAGGUAAUAAGAUGGAGGAAACAUCAGAGCCAAAAACUUCUGGGAGGAAGGUCCCCAUACAGAUCGUCUGUAUAGGAAACGGUUCACAAAACUCUCCACCACAUGGUGAAUCAUCAGAAGGUCCUGAGGUGCCCAAAAAUGUCCAACUAAAAAAACUAGAUUUUCCAAAGCAAUCUAAGUCACCGUUUAUUGCCUACACCCGCCCGGAUCCAAGCAGAAAUGCAGAACAUCAGACUGCCAAGAUGGUACUAGACAGUAAAAUGCGGUUGAGAAGCAAUGGUGUGGGCGAACACUCAGAGGAGGACCUGAAACGAGAAGAGCUGGCCAGAGAUAUCAUGGGGAAGGACAAGAGUCUGGUGGACAUCUUGGAUCAGAGUAAGAUGAAGACAACCAUGGAUCUGAUGGAGGGAAUAUUUCCACAAGGAGAGCAGCUCUUGGAGGGAGCACAGCAGAGAAGGAAAGCAGCCUCCAAACAGACAUCCCCCAAAAAUACACAGCAGAGGGUGGAAGACAGUAUGGCGUCAUCAGUGUCAUUAGUGAGCAGUUCGUCGUAUUAUAGCACAUCUGCACCUAAAGCAGAGCUGCUCAUAAAGAUGAAGGACAUGCAGGAGCACAUGGAGGAACAGGAUUCAGAGGAUGAACUCAAUUAUGACCUGUCUAGCAAGAAGCAAGAGUUGAUUGACAGCCUAAGCGGGAAGCUGCAGGUGCUGCGAGAAGCGCGUGAAAGCCUGCAGGAAGACGUUCAGGACAACAACGUUCUGGGGGAGGAAGUGGAGGCCACCGUACAGAGCGUCUGCAAACCCAACGAGCUGGAGAAGUUUCGCAUGUUCGUAGGCGAUCUGGACAAAGUGGUCAGUCUGCUUCUGUCUCUGUCUGGCCGACUGGCCCGUGUGGAGAACGCCCUGAACAACCUGGAUGAGGGAAUAUCAGCGGACGAGAAGCACACUUUGACUGAGAAACGCAAGCUGCUGAUUCGCCAGCACGAAGACGCCAAAGAGCUGAAGGAGAACUUGGACCGAAGGGAACGCCUGGUUUAUGAGAUUCUGGCCAGCCACCUCAGCGGAGAGCGUCUCGCCGACUACAGGCACUUCGUCAAGAUGAAGUCGGCGCUCAUCAUCGAGCAGCGCAAACUGGAGGACAAGAUCAAACUGGGAGAAGAGCAGCUCAAAUGUCUGAAGGACAGUCUGCCGCUGGACCAGAGGCUGCUGUACUGAACCGUACCGGACUCUGGACUGGACUACGUUAAGUGAACAUUUGCUCGUGUGCACUGGAUAGACUAAUCACCAUCAACACAAGACCAUUUUGAUCUCAGUUCCGUGAUUUCAUUAGCUCUGGUUUUCUCGAUUUGCAGCAUUUUAGCUUUGAAUCUGCUCACGUUUUCAGGGGUUUUCUAAAGGUUUUUUUCUACCUGCACGUUUAAUUUAUUUUGCUGCUGAAAGCUAAUGGUGCUAUAGACCCGCUCACUCUCGACCAGAUCCACCCUGAACGCCGUUUCAGUGACUUUCGUGUAUUAUCAAUGUUUUAAACUUUCUCAGUUUGUUUUUAACCCUCAUUAAAUAUGAAGUAUUAAUAGGAAGGGAGGUUCAGAAUAGCUCUAAACUAUGAUUUGUGAUAUACGAACACGCAUUCGUGCUGCAAUAAAUAAAUGAUAAAAAUACAGAUGCGCAUUGCAACUCUUGUCGUGGCUCUUCAUGGUUGCGGAUGAGAUCCGGUUAAUUCAUCCGGUCUGAUUUCACACUUGCUCCAAGGACGUGACUCGCGACAAAACUGGAAAGAAUUGAAAAAUUGCAAAUUGAGAUUCUGCAAAAACAUCUAAAUAUUGAGAAAAUCACCUUCAAAGUUGUCCGUAUUAUAUCCUUAGCAAUGCAUAUCACUAAUGAUUUUUUAUAUAUAUUCACGGUAGAAAAAUAUCUUUAUGGAACAUGAUCUUUACUUAAUAUCCCAAUGAUUUUGGGCAUAAAACGGAUCAUUUUGACCCAUAUAUGGGUGCCUAUUGCUACAAAUAUACCUGUGCUGCUUAUGACUUGCGCUCCAGGCUCACAAAUAUUUUAUUAACAGUCAUUAACAAAUAGCUAUUUCGUGAAGCUUCACACACCCUCACGGUUUUAUGAUCUUCAUGAGUCACCGCGGUUUCCCACACGAGACGAAUGCUUCCUCAUGGUUUGUUUUUAUGAUGUUGACGGUGAUCAUGAGCCAUGGUCAAUCAUUCACAGGACCGUAUUCGCCGGCUUGUUUGCCCAGGAUUUCAGAGCAGCGGGAAGCCCAGCUUCAGACGGUUUCCAGUCCAACGGCUAGCGGCGAAGACGGAGGAAGCGCUGAGAGAAGAUCGGAGGACCGGCUGCUGAAAGGCUGCGAUGUUUCGUCACAAACGUCCACCGUAACCGUGCACGGCCUUUUGGUGAAGUAGGCUACGCUUAUUCCUUUCGAGCAACAGGAGGUUGGAGAUCUAAGCUGAACCUCUCCCUGUGUUUCUCUUUCUCUCAGAGGGAUGUCUGGGAGCUCUGUUUGCCAGGUUUCUUAGAGACGCCGUUGGUUAGUCAAACCCACAACAAGCAAUUAGCUCCGUACAGACCGUUCAGGAUGGAUCUUCUCCGGGAGGAAAGCGCGCUUUGAGGCCGGAAGUCAU